AUGGUAUUUGUUUUGAGUUGAUAACACUAAAAUAUAUACUAUUUUAGCCAGCAUUUUUUAUUCAAUUUUACUUAGAAUUAUGUGUCAAUUAGAUAGAAUUAGUUUACUUUUGGGUUGAUUUUACAUUUCAGGGUGAUCAGAGGACCGAUGUGGAAUAUCAAUAUAAAUUAGGGGUCAAAUUGCACAAAAUAGCAUAAAAAAUGACCAAACUGGAAGCUGCUGCAAAUCAAGGCCUGGAGGAUCGAUCAAAACUGAAUCAAGUGGAGGAAUCUUAGCUGAAGAAUGAGGAUUGAUGGCAGAUGAUCUCAAUUGGAAGAACUCUUCAGCAUCAAACUCAAUUGAGGAGUAAGAAUUAGCAGCUGCUAUGUUACAAGUUGAAGAAGAGAAAGAGGAAGAAUAUGUGAAAAACAGUCCCAGCAACUUUGCUACUUACCUACUAUGACUGCUGUUGCUGAACUGAUGGAUUGGCUGCUGCAGACAGGUAAGCAAUGGUGCUACAAGUGAUCCUAGGAAACAAGGAAGAAAAAAGUAAAAAAACUGAGGCUGAAUUGGUGGAUCAAAGACAAUGAUUAAAGAAAGCAUGCUGAUGCUGCUGCUAGUCUUCUGUUAAGUUUGCCUCUGUCAUUUGAAUCCUAACUGGGGUGACGUCGAAGUGUUGUUGGUUUUAAACUGGCAACGGCAGUCGUUGAGUCAAAGCUCAGUUCAUCUCAAUCAGCACAGGCCGGCCAGCAAGAGUGAGUGGCAUAUAAUUUUUCAAUUCAACAAGAAGAUUAUCCUUUUGAGGUUUUUUAAUGCUUACAAUCCCCUUCCAAGAUUGAAUUUUUUCUCUGUAUAUCUGUAUUGUUGCUCCUGUUUGACCUUCAUGAACUAUAUUUUAGCUCGAUAGAAGUAAAUUAGGUACCUUUCACAUGCGAUGUUGAAUUACAGCUUUUGGUGUUAGCUUGUGUUUUUGGUUGGGAUAAAUUUUUGUUUCAUAGUUUAGGUAUUGUAUGGAAGUAUGGUAAUCAGCCAUACAUUAGUUUUAUUCUCUGAAAGAUCUUCUCUUGAUGGCCAAAAAGGCGACAUCUGAUUUCCAGCUCAUAAAGUGUCAAACGAAAGAGCAGCAAAUUGACCGGAUUAGUCAGCUCCCAAAUGAAAUUAUUAUCUGUAUCCUUUCUUUUUUGGCAUUUGAAGAUGCUGUUGGGUAGAUCUUUGGUUGAAUGUUGCUAAACUGGAUUUUGACUCCCCAAAAUUUUGGAAAGGGAUUGAUGGGGGAGGGGCUGCCAGAUUAUGCAGGAGUACUUGAGAUCAACCGUCACAAUUAUGUUGAAUGGGUUAACACAGUUCUGCAAUCACACAAAGCUGUUGUUUUGGAUGUGUUCAGAAUUUGGUUUGAUCUGAAUGCAUGCUCCAAACAUGAUAUUUUGAUAAAUGGCUUCAGCAUGUGUUUGCAAGGAGAGUGCACAGGCUAGAAUUAAAUUUUGUGGAAUAUGACGGAAUUAUUAAUAGUAGUGGAGCUUUUUUAUAAUUUUCCUCGAGACCUGCUUGGCCUGAAUGAUGAGAGAUCCUCUGCACUAUCUGCUUCUGGUUACUGUGGGAGCUGCAUCAACUCUAAUGCAGAAUAUUUUGGUUUUGAAUCCCUCAGGACUUUGAUAUUUAAUUCUGUAAACGUGUCUGGGGAAGUUCCGAGUAUUUCUUGCAUAAUUGCCCUUUUCUUGAGUUUCUGCUAGUGGAAGGCUCUCUCGAUCUGGUAAAUUUUAAAGUUUGUGGUCUAUCUCUUGCACUAAAACAUCUAGAGAUAAGUUACUGUCGCAAUUUACUUUCCCUCACUGUUUGCUAUACAAAUAUCGUUUCGCUUAAAACCAAUCGAGGUGAGUGUCUUGUGCUGAAGAAUGUUCCCAUGCUCGUGGAUGUCUCUGUUGGUGGAUUCAUCCCGCGGGUCAAUGGAAAUGCAAACUUGGUUAAUGUUGCUGUUUCCUGGCUUUCUUGCUGCCAGUCAAGUUUGGAGGUUCUUACCUUAAAAAUCCGGGAAGAGCAAGUGGAAAAGGUUAGUCUUAUUAUCCUCUUGAAGUUUUUUUUUUUUUUUUUUUGUGAUUACUCGUGUACUUAGUUCAAGAAAGUCGACUAUUGAUAUGGGAUGUUAGAACUAUUAUGUGUGAGUGAAUAUGAACCUUUCCCCUGUCUCUUUAUGUUGUUUUGCUGUUUGGUUAUCCCAGGUGAGAGAUCCCGAUAUAGCUCUUCCUCAAUUUACUAAAUUGAAGCAAUUAACUUUCUCCAUGUAUGCACCAUGUGAUGACUUGAGCCUGAUUGCAUUUACAUCUAUGAUAAGGGCAUCCCCAACUUGGAGAAGUUUAUCCUCAAGUUUGAUCACCAGGGUGAUCCAUAUAAAAGACGCCGAGUUUCUAAGAAAGGCAUAGCCUUUCCCCUUAAACAUCUUAAAGCUGUGGAGAUAUGGUGAUUCUCUAAGCUGGGAGAAUGAAUAAAUCCACAUAAAUCAUCAUCUGAGUGAAGUUGUAAUACUUUUAAUCAUGACUACUACUUCUUAUUUAUAGUUAAUACUUUCACCUUAGAUGAGUGAAGUUGUCAUGUAUCAUUAGUUCAUUACUAUCAUUACUACUGUUGGAGGGCCUCUGUUUCUGGGCUUGUUCAAGUGGAUACAAAGGUUGUUCCGAUUGUAGAGCCAGAAAAUAAGGUGCUUAUGCUUAUGCUCAUUUAGAGACACAGUUCAAGUUCUUCAAGCUUUCGGAUCCCAUGGAAGGUGUUCUUGGAAAGACUUACCAGCCGGGCUCGAAUCCACGGUGAAGAUGGGAGAUGCAAUCCUUUCUUACCAUAAGUAUUUUUUUUGUUAAUGGGCAGAUUUUUCCUUCAAACUUGAUAUCUUUUGAAAAGCGCAUAAUUUCAGCCUUUGAAUUAUACCAUAAGUAUUUUAUUUUAUUUUUUGUUAAUGGGCAGAUUUU